AACCCCAAAUCGCCACAACCUAUAUGUCUCUAAACCCCAAUAUCCGCCGUCGCCGGUAGCCUCCGCCCUCCGCCGCCGUCACAACUGCCGGAAUCAAUAACUUAUCACUAAAUAAUUCGCUUAAAUACAAGCAAUCAUCCACCUGUAUUCGCUCUGUGUUGAAGUUCUGAGUGUUAAAAAUGUCAACCACUGAGGGUGCAUCGGAUAUGGUGGAGGGUGUAAGUUUCAGUUUCAUGACUGAUGAAGAGGUUAGGAAGCACAGUGUUUUAAAGGUUACAAACCCUAUUUUACUUGACCCUGUUGGAAGACCAAUGCUAGGAGGUUUGUAUGAUCCUUUGUUGGGCCCCAUUGAUGAUCAAGCACCAUGUAAGUCGUGUGGGCAGCAAUCGUUUAACUGCCCGGGUCAUUGUGGUCACAUUGAUCUUGUUUCACCAGUAUACAACCCGUUAUUGUUUGAUAUGCUUUACACCAUUUUAAGACAAACCUGUUUCUUUUGUCGCCAUUUUAAGGCACGCAGAGAAGAGGUCGAAGUGUGUACUACUAAACUAACGAUGAUAGCACAAGGUGACGUUACCGGUGCCAAAAAUUACGUCAGUGUUUCCGAUAGCAAAGAUAUUGAUAUGGAGGAGAGUGAUGGUAACAAUGUUUCAAGUUCUGGUUCACAAAGUGACGGGCCCGCACAAACUCAUAACGAUUUUUGGACAUCGGUUCAGUAUAUAGAAGCAAAAUCUGUUUUGAAAGACUUCUUGAGUAAACCCAGCAAGUCUUGCCAUAGCUGUGAAUGUAAAAACCCGAAGAUCACCAAACCAACGUUUGGAUCGUUUCGUAUGGAAAUGAGUGUUAAAGAUGCGGAGAAGAAUCAUAUAAAAGGUUAUCAGCUGGGAAGUAGUCGGGACGAGGAAGAGCUUCUAGAAGAUGAAGACGACAAGAUUUCUGAGGUCAUAAACGUCAACGAACAAUCAGAAGAAGAUAGAGUUGACACAGCUGGGACCGGUGCAUCUGCAGCCUCAUCGUCCAAACGAAAGAACGUAAAAAAGAAAAAGUCAAAAGUGCCCUUGGAUUUCAUGGAGCUGAAAAAAAGAUAUUCCGGUUCUCUUUUACCAUCUAGGGUUAUAAGUAUAAUUAAAGAUCUGUGGGAAAACGAAGCGGGUCUUUGUUCAUUUAUAUGUGAUAUGCAGCAGUUAAACGGAUCUGUCAAAAGUAACUAUUCGAUGUUCUUUAUAAAGGCGUUGCUUGUACCCCCUACGAAAUUUCGUCCUGCUGCCGUGGCAGGUGAUUCUGUGAUGGAGAAUCCACAAACGGUGUUACUAGGCAAGGUGGUACAGUCAAACGAUGCAUUGGGAAAGGCUCAUAUCAGCAAACUUGAAGGGUCGAAGAUUGCUGAUCGAUGGAAAGAUUUACAGCAGUCUGUAAAUGUUUUAUUUGACAGCAAGACUGCCACAAAUUUAACUCUGAAAAGUGCAAACACCGGGAUAUGCCAGUUACUUGAGAAGAAAGAGGGAAUAUUUCGCCAAAAAAUGAUGGGAAAAAGAGUUAAUUAUGCUUGCCGAUCUGUCAUUUCCCCCGAUCCUUAUUUAGCGGUUAAUGAGAUCGGAGUUCCACCUUAUUUUGCCCUGAGAUUGACCUACCCUGAGAGGGUGACUCCUUGGAAUGCUGGAAAACUGAAGGAUGCGAUCAUUAACGGUUCUAAUAUCCAUCCCGGAGCUACGCAUUAUGCUGAUAAGGUGUCAACCGUUAGGCUACCUCAAAGCAAAAAGAUGCGUAUUUCUAUAUCUAGAAAAUUACCGUCCUCUAGAGGUACGGGCAUACAAACCAAAAAGAGCUCCGACUAUGAAUUCGAGGGUAAAGUUGUCUAUCGCCACUUGCAAGAUGGUGACAUUGUUCUUGUCAACCGUCAGCCUACACUUCACAAGCCGAGUAUAAUGGCACAUGUUGUUCGAGUAUUGAAAGGUGAGAAAACGCUUCGGAUGCAUUAUGCAAAUUGCAGUUCCUACAAUGCUGAUUUUGAUGGAGACGAAAUGAAUGUUCAUUUACCACAAGAUGAAAUUUCACGUGCUGAAGCCUAUAACAUUGUGAAUGCUAACAAUCAGUAUAUAGUUCCAACAAGGGGUGAUACGGUUAGAGGCUUAAUUCAGGAUCAUAUUGUUAGCUCUGUACUUCUCACGAUGAAAGAUACGUUUCUAGACCGUGAAGAUUUCAAUCAACUUCUUUACACUUCUGGUGUGUUUGCUGGCGGCGGCAGUUCACAACAUGGGAAGGUCUCUAUUGUCGAUAAAGCGUGCCAUGUGGAGCCCGUUUUUCCAGCUGUUUUAAAACCAAAACCUCUCUGGACAGGGAAACAGGUCAUAACAGCGAUACUGAAUCAUCUGACGAGAGGUUAUAAGCCUUGUAUUGUUGAUAACAAGGUGAAGAUUCCGGAGCAAUAUUUUCAAGGGAAAGAGGUCAAACAGGAUAAAAAUAAAACAAAUAAACGUCUAAAAAAAGAGCUUGCUGAGUUUGACAAUGCGAAUCUAAAAGAGGCCGAUGAGACCAGAUUAUUAAUAUGGAAAAACGAGCUUGUGUGUGGUGUCAUAGACAAAGCUCAGUUUGGCAAGUAUGGUUUGGUUCAUACGGUUCAAGAGCUGUAUGGUCCAGACAUUGCAGGGCUCUUACUUGGAGCUUUUAGUCGGUUAUUCACUUCUUUUCUACAGUUCCAUGGAUUUACAUGUGGAUUAGACGACCUCAUGGUGGCGCCUGAUUGUGACAAAGAAAUGAGGAUGGAACUUGAAGGUGAAGAUGUAGGUGAAAAGGUUCACCGCAAAUUUGUCAACCUGGAGAACCAAAAAAUAGGCACACGAGAGCUGCAACUGGAAACAGAGAAAAUAAUAAGAAGUAAUGGAGUAACAGCCACUGCAAGUUUGGAUAACCUUAUGCAAACCGAACUUCGGGAUAAAGGUUCUAUGAUUAGCAAAAAGUGGCUACCAAAAGGACUUUUGAAACCGUUCCCACAAAACUGCAUUUCUCUUAUGACUAUUAGUGGUGCUAAGGGUAGUUCGGUGAAUUUUCAACAAAUUUCAUUUUUACUUGGUCAACAAGAGUUGGAAGGAAAAAGAGUGCCGCGAAUGGUUUCGGGGAAGACUUUACCGAGUUUUUCACCUUGGGAUUUUACUUCUCGGGCCGGUGGAUAUAUUGUUGAUCGGUUUUUAACGGGCCUUCGCCCACAAGAAUACUAUUUCCAUUGCAUGGCUGGCCGUGAAGGGUUGGUUGAUACAGCUGUCAAAACUUCUCGUAGUGGAUAUCUACAAAGAUGUCUUAUAAAGAAUCUUGAGAGUUUGAAAGUUUCAUAUGAUCACACAGUUCGUGACGCCGAUGGUUCCAUUGUUCAGUUUUAUUAUGGUGAAGAUGGGGUCGAUGUGCAUCAAACUAGCUUCCUUAGCAAUCUUCAAGUGCUGAAAUCUAAUCAAGAAAUCAUUAACCAAAAGUUAAAAGAGCCACUUGAAUUUAAUUCGUACAUUCAAGAGUUGCCACAAGGUGUUAAAGAUAAAGUCAAAAGUUUCAAACACAGAAACGAGAACCGAGAGGAUUUAUUAAUGCUAAUUCGACAAAAGUAUCUCUCAAGUCUUGCCCAUCCCGGAGAGCCCGUUGGUGUCAUAGCCGGUCAAUCUGUCGGUGAACCAUCUACCCAAAUGACGCUCAACACUUUUCAUCUUGCGGGACGUGGUGAGAUGAAUGUCACACUUGGUAUUCCACGUUUACAGGAAAUUUUAAUGACGGCUGCACCAAACAUAAAGACUCCUAUGAUAACAUGCCCCUUGCUACAAGGCAGAUCAAUGGAAGACGCAGAGAGACUUGUAGAGAAAGUGAAAAAACUGUCGGUUGCAGAAGUUAUGCAGAGUAUCGAAGUCUCAAAACUGCCACUUGUACUUAUCAAUAAUCAACCGUGCAGAGUCUAUAAGCUUAUAGUGAAACUAAAAAAACCGAAGCACGUAUCGCUACAGAACUGUCAAGAAACGUUAAGAAACAUCUUUUUAAGAGCAUUAGAAGAUACAAUUGAAAGACACAUUGCGUUGCUUUCCCGAAUUAACGGAAUCAAAAGCGUUAAGAAUUCAAAAUCCGAUGGCGCCGGUGACGAUGAUUCUGGAAGUAAUCUAGAUCGUGAUGAUGGUCAUGAAGAUGAUCAAGAGGAUGAUGAUGAUGAUGAUAAUGAAAAAGAUGAAACGGCUGACGAUCUUGGCGCAGAUUAUAAUAAACGAAAACGUCAAAAUACUGAUUCAGUGGAAUACGAGUCUUCUGAAGAGGAAGAUGAAGACGGAGAAGAAGAAGAAGAAGAAAAGGAAGCUUCUUCCGAUCUUGAGAAUGACGGUGUUGAGGGUAAAGAUGAUGGUAAAACCGGUAAAGAAGUUGAAAGUGAAAGUGAAAGUGACGAUGAGACAAAUGGCGGGGGUUUAGCAAAGGAACAAGAACAAGAAGACAAAGAUAUGGAUAAAGCAAAGCUUAAACCGAAUGAGGAAUUUGUGACCAGAAAGUUUGACCGGUCAACGUUUGUGGAAGUUAAAGAUUUGAGUCUUGAAGUCCAUUUCAGGUUUACGAAUGAACCCGAAAUAUUGCUAGCAGAGGUUGUACAGAAGGCUGCAAAGAAGGUUUACAUCAAGGGUUCAGGAAAACUCGACCAAUGUCAACCCGUAAAAUACAGUGUAAAUGUAAAACAAGUAUGUUGGAAUCAAAACCACCCUGCAAUAAAAAAAAUGAACGAAAAAGUGAAAAACAACGAUAACAAAAAAGAAGAAAACAAGCAUGUACCAUGUGCAUUACAAGCUUCCGGAGUAGAACUACCCGCGUUUUGGGAUAUGGAACAAGACCUCGACGUUGACCAUGUUUACUCCAACAAUAUUCACACCAUGCUCAACACUUACGGAGUAGAAGCUGCAAGAACGAGCAUAAUCAUGGAAAUGCAAAACGUUUUCGGGAGUUAUGGUGUCGAGAUUGAUUACCGGCAUUUGAGUUUAAUUGCCGAUUACAUGACGCAUUCGGGCGGGUAUAGACCUAUGAGUAGAUUUGGGAGCAUAUCGGAAUCAGUAUCUCCGUUCCAUAAAAUGUCGUUUGAGACUGCGUCUAAGUUCAUUGUUGAAGCGGCUUCGCAUAGUAUGAUGGAUAAUUUGGAGACACCGACGGCUAGGAUUUGUCUUGGUUUGCCGGUUAAAGUUGGUACGGGUUCUAUGGAGUUGAUGCAGAAGUUGGAUCUUUAGGUUUUGAUUUUGUCCGUUUUUUGUAACGAAAUAGUAGUGGGAAUACUAUGGUUUUGGGGGAGGGGGGUCAAUUUUGAAGGGAAUACCAUGAUUGUUUGAAUUUGAACUUCUAUUAAAAUAUGCUUUAGACAUAGUCCUGAAUUUGAACUUCAAUUAACAUAUGUUUUAUACAUAGUCCACCAAAUAGUAUGUUUGACCAUGAGGAAGUUAUUGUUUUGUUU